ACCGAAGGCCUCGCUUCCCGCCGGAAAGGAGCGUUAUUGCACGGCUCCUCCGUUUAUGACUGAGGCAAGUGCCGGAUUUCAUUCUGGAUACUGGGUGCGGCGUCAGCCUUUUCUGUCUACCAUGAGGGACUCCGGGGGCGCUGUGCUGAGAAAAGGGUUGGUGGGCCUAGUGGUAGGGGCGAGCGUCUGCUAUUGUGUUUACCGAGUGAUCUCCAGAAAAAGAAAAAAACAAGAAGCAGCCGGGACAGAAGGGGAAACUAUUCCGCAGGAACGUCAAACAGGGCCAUUCUCCUGCGGGGAGCACGCGGUGGCCACCCCAGAGAGCAGUUUAUUGCAACGAGUUUCUGGCAUUUCCGUGAUUUCUAGCACUGUCCAGAAAGGUUCUGGCAGCCUUCAGCAAGGCAUGGAUUUUCAAAAAUCACCCCAGGGUCUGGAGAUACAACACAUAGAAAAUCUUCUUCAUUUACUUGAGUCUACAGAGGAUCCUUCAGUUCAGGAACAAGUCUUGGUUACACUGAGCAACUGUGCUGCCUUCUCUGUAAAUCAAGAUAUCAUUCGAAAAUUAGGUGGCCUCUCUGUUAUUGGGAAAAUACUUUCAGUUCCUGUCACUAAUGUUAAAGAGAAAGCACUGAAUGCUCUUAAUAACUUGAGCAUGAAUACCAAAAAUCAAGAAGAGCUAAAGAUAUAUAUUACCCACGUCUGUGCAGAAACUGAGUCAUCUCUAUUGAACUCUGAAGUGCAGUUGGCUGGACUUCGGUUUCUGACCAAUAUGUCUGUUACCAAUGAAUAUCAUUAUAUAAUGACUAGCUCUAUACCAUGCUUUCUUCAUUUGCUAUUGGAAGGAAAUGAAAGAACACAGGUUCAGGUUCUAAAAGUGCUUGUGAAUUUAUCAGCAAACCCAGAUAUAACAGAACAUCUUCUUAAUGCUCAGGCACCUUUCUUAUUAUCCUUGUUUGAUAGCUGCAUAGACAAAGAUGUUUUGCUCAGAGUCCUGAUCUUUGCCACAAACUUGACAAAGCAUAUGAAAAAGGAUAAGCGUACUACAGUCCCACAUAAAUACAGUGAAGAUUCAAUUUUUUCUGUUCUCUGGGGGAGUUCUACAAUGUAUGUUCAAAAACUGGCAUUUUUAUUGCUCCAUCAAGACCCGGAAGUCAAAGAACAAGUUGCAGAACUAAUAAUGCAACAGUGCUAAAAUCUAAGAUUGUAUAAGUGAAAUUGUCUGUAGGCUCCUGAGCUCUGUAUGAAGUAUGCAUAAGACUUCAGUUGCUGCUAGCAGUGGCUUAUGUAUUUGCAAGACUUUAUAUACACAUGGGCCUUCUCUGCACUUAAAGAUUUUCCUGUUUUAAUGGAAGAGACAGCAGCAGCAAAACCAUGCAUUCCUUUUUGCAUAUACAAAAGGACACCAACAUGAAAAGAAUGGUGUGCACACUGGAAAAAACUUGGUAUGAGCUUUAUAUCAAGUGUGCGCGUUCGUGUGUGUGUGGGGGGAGGGUAAUCUGUAGCCCUCUGAAUGUUGUUUUGGCUUUCUGUUCCCAUUAGUCCAAUCCAGGAAAGCCAAUAGUCUGGGAUGAAAAGGCUAAGAGUCUGACAAUUUAUGGAAGGCCACAGGUUGCUCUCCUCUGCUUUAGAGCUAUACAAUUCCAGUAUGUUAUUGAACACCAUUUUUGGAAAGUGCAGCGCUAGUUUUGCCUGUAGAAAUACUUUACCUGCAUUUUCUCAGAACCCUUACUUGAACCUUUCUGAAAUGGAAUUUGAUAUAUAAUUGUUAGUGUUGAAAGAAUGUGAUCCUACAAUAUUUUGACCUAGUCUAGAUUUGCGCAGACCUGGGCCUCUACCUUAAACUUAAUAGAGCAGGAAGUUCCAUACAGGUGUGACGGUACCCUUGUUGAAAGUGAAUAGAGAACAGCUUGUGCAUUGCAAGCUUUUGGGGUGCAACAUUAACUUUAGUACUAGUUACUGUACUACUGCAAGCAUCUCAUCUCAUGACUUAUGUGGUGACAUGGUUGUUUUCUAUGCUUGCAUCAAGCACAUACCUAGUGAUAUAACAAGUGUUAAGGCUGGAUUAUAGGAAAUGAUCAGAUUACAGUAUUACUAAAUAUUUACCAAUUGCUCAGCACAAACCCUCUAGAAAGAAGAGAUUAUAGCCUCACAAAAUUUCCAACUGUGGUUUGUUCGUUACCACAGAUGUCUUACUCCACACGAACAGGUAUUUGUCAUUCCAGUCGCUUAACUGUAAACAACCUUCACUAAAAGUAAGCUGCUGUAAAGUUCAAGGCUUCCCACACCAUCACUUGAUGUUGCCACUAUGUGAAAAUUUGUAGCUCAGAUUCACAACUAAAGGGAAUGUAGAGCAAUUUUUAAAGUAAUACUUCAUGAAAUCACAAAAAUAGUGUAGUAUUUAGAAUGAAAUAUAGUAGGGCUGCUAUACCAGCAUUAAACAGUGGGGAAAGGGAAGUCUCUAGUCAAGGACAUUAAUGAAGCAAAACUACAAACAGUAACAUACUUGCAAUACAAUUGGUUACAUAAAGGAAUGCUGCAGGCAGCUAGAGAAGCAACAAUUUAUUUGUGCAAUUAAAAGUGAAAUGGAUUUGGAACAAGAGAUCAGUUAUCCUUACAUACAUAGCUGUCAAAGCAUCAUACAAUGAAAUGACUAAGUAAUAGAA